UACAUUCAGGUGUGUGUGUGUUGCUGUCAGUGGUGCAUGUUGGCACAGUGGAAAGUCACUGCUGCACUAAAUGGAACUGAGCCUUAACACCUGAGCUGGUCCUACUGUGUCAUGUCAAAACAGCUGCUGUGAAAAAGUUCACUUGUAGCUGUGGGGCUGAAGAUUGUGGCUCUGGUCGUGUGCGGUGUGGUCCAAUAGUUGCUUUGCUUUUAUACCCACAGAGAGAGUGGUCGUGGAAGAAGGCAGUGAUGUGAUUUUACCCUGUUCCCUCAAUGGCAACAUUGAGUCUGAGCUGUUUGAAUGGAAGAAAGGACGGAUGGAGGUGUUCUCAUAUGAUGCAGGGAUUCAUCACAACAACAACCACACAGGUCAAGACGGAUGGUUCAUAGGUCGCGUCUCACAUUUUCAAGAAGAACUGAGACACGGCAACGCCUCCGUAAAGAUCAACAGGAUAAGGAAAGUUGACAGCGGAGACUACACCUGUGAUUUUCCACGUCUUCAGUCGAUCAGAGCAGUCAGCAUUACGCUCUAUGUUUUGAGCGCUUUGCUCAUUUACCCAGAUCCAGAACCAGAAAUGUUUGCCUUUGCACAGGAAACGUGUAUGGCUAAAGGCGUUAGAGAUUUUUCAGUAACACAGGAGGACAGCGAUGGAAAACCACUUCCUGUUGAUGAGCAUCAAACCUUAGAUGGAUAUCGUGUAAACAUCACAAUCAACACGACUGUGUACGGCCACUUCCACUGUGUGAUCAUGCAGAAGCUCAUCGACCCUGUGAUUUCUGCUCAGAUCUAUGUGCAUAGCCAUGACGACACUAUUGCCUGGAUAGACAGUCCAACGAAUAUAUCGGCACGUCUGCAGUGUGAAACUAAUGGCCCUGCACAACUUGAAGUAAAGUGGCAGGACAGUGCUGGAAACAUCCUUCCUGCUGAGGAGCACCGGGUCUCAGAACGACCAGGCCGUGAAUACAUUACUCUCAACACGACUGUGAACAACACCGGCCACUUCCUCUGUGUAGUCAAGGAAAACAACAGCAACUACGUGAAUUUUGCUGACAUCGGCAUGUAUAUUGAUGGGGCAGCUCCAACGCCGCGUGUCAGGAUACUUGAACAAGGAGUUGUCUGGACAUGGCUGCAGUGUGAAGCUCAUGGCGUUCCAGAUCUUGAAGUUCAUUGGCAGGACAGUGAUGGAAACAAACUUCCUGCUGAGGAGCCACAGGUCACAAAGAGAGGAGGUCGUUUAUACAUCACUCUCGACAUGACUGUGAUCAAGCGGGGCUGCUUCUCCUGUGUAGCCACACAGAAGUACAUCAACCAUAGGAUUUCUUCUGCCUGCCAUGUUUCUUUUGGCUGGAAAACUAUAUUAUUUGUUAUACUAUUUCCUCCAGUCCUUCUUGUUAACAUCCUUCUCGGUUACAUUGUAUGGAGUAUGAAGAUAAACUUUGGACAUGGUUCAUCGGAUUGGAGUGGUGGUGAAUGGGGUGAUGGACUAGGUGGUUAUUGGGAUUGGGGAGGAGGUCUUGAUUGGGAUUUUGGAGGUGGUGGUGAUUGUGGAGAUGGAGGAGGUGGUGACUGUGAUUGUGGUGGUGAGUAACCUGAAACAGUUCAACAACAUUACAGUCUACAGCCUCCUGAAUGACCAACGACUGACAGAGCCUCAACAAAGAUUCAGAGAGUUUGACAAACAUGGUUUUUAUAUCAGAGCUUCAAAGCUGCAUUUGAUUUGUAUGUGUUUGAGUUUGUAACUGAUUCAUUAAUAUGUAUUCUCCAUCUAUUUAUUUUCAUGUGUACAGGAAUGUUUCUGUUGAUUAUUUCUGAGGUGUGUUGGACUUUGAGCUGGUCUUGAAGACUUGAUUGUAAAGAUGCUUCAGGCUCUUCCCGUUUGUAAAUGUAAACGCUGCACUUUGACCCUGCUUGUAUGAAUUCACGGUGUCACAUUGAAUUCAACGGACUGAAAUAAA